CCCAGGGAGACACAGCCUGAGGGACAGGAGGCCGCCCUAGGCUCUCUUCAGACAGGAAAUCUGAGCUUCACAGCCCCAUAUAGCUUGGCUGUCUGUCCUCGGUCAUGCGCCGGGCCUGAAAUAAACUCCUUGCUGAGAAGAGCGGCCAGAAGCUGAGGGCUGGGUGGAAGGUCGGGGAGCAGGUUCUGAGCCUGAGAGCCAGCCCACGAGUCCCCAGGCCUGUGCUGCAGCCUGGUCCCCAGGACUAGCAGGAGGCCGGCUGGGAGGCAGCAGGGAUGGCCACGGAGGCGAGCGGGCAGGGCGGGCAGCAUGCCAUCGGGCACGAGGAGUACAGUCUGUGCAGCACCCUGAGUGAAGACGAGCUCCUGCAGGUGGCCGUGGAACAGAGCCUGGCAGACAAGACGCGGGGGCCGGCCCCCGAGGCUGUGGGUGUCCGCCUCCAGCCGAGGACCAGGUCCAGCGAGCCACCCAAGAGCCCCCCGGCCUCCAGCCCCAUGGGCCUCUUCCAAGGCGUCUUACAGAAGUACAGGAGCAGCAAGAACUCCCACCUGGCGCCAGUGGACCCGGUGCUCAGGGCCAUCAAGGAGGGUGACACAGAGGCUCUGAGCGCCAUGCUCAAGGAGGGGAAGAACCUCUCGGAGCCCAACAAGGACGGCUGGCUGCCGCUGCACGAGGCCGCCUACUAUGGCCAGCUGGGCUGCCUGCAAACCCUGCAGCGAGCGUACCCAGCGUCCCUGGACCAGCGUACCCUGCAGGAGGAGACGGCCCUGUACCUGGCAACAUGCAGGGGCCACCUGGACUGCCUGGUCUCCCUGCUCCAGGCUGGGGCCGAGCCGGAUAUCGCCAACAAGGCCCGGGAGACCCCGCUCUACAAGGCCUGUGAGUUCAGGAAUGUGGAGGCCGUGAGGCUGCUGGUGCAGUACCACGCAGACACCAACCACCGCUGCAACCGCGGCUGGACGGCGCUGCACGAGUCAGUGUCCCGCAAUGACCUGGAGGCCAUGGACAUCCUGGUGGCUGGUGGCGCCAAGGUGGAGGCCAAGAACGCCUAUGGCAUCACGCCCCUGUUCGUGGCAGCCCAGAGCGGGCAGCUAGAGGCGCUCAGGUUCCUGGCCAAGCAAGGCGCCGACAUCAACACGCAGGCCAGCGACAGCGCCUCGGCCCUCUAUGAGGCCUGCAAGAACGAGCACGAGGAGGUGGUGGAGUUCCUGCUGGCUCAGGGCGCCGAUGCCAACAGGGCCAACAAGGACGGUCUGCUGCCCCUGCACGUGGCCUCCAAGAGGGGCAACUGCAGGAUCGUGCAGACGCUGCUGCCCGUGACCAGCCGCACGCGCGUGCGCAGGAGCGGCAUCAGCCCGCUGCACCUGGCGGCCGAGCGCAACCACGACGCCGUGCUGGAGGCGCUGCUGGGCGCGCGCUUCGACGUGAACGCGCCGCUGGCGCCCGAGCGCGCGCGCCUGUACGAGGACCGCCGCAGCUCCGCGCUCUUCUUCGCCGUCGCCAACAGCAACGCGCGCGCCGCCGAGCUGCUGCUGCGCGCGGGCGCGCGCCCCGACGGCGACGUCAUCAGCCCCCUGCUGGUGGCGCUGCGCCACGGCCGUCCGCGCCUGGUGCGCCUGCUGCUGCGCCACGGCGCCGACCUGGACGCGCGCGUGGCGUCGCACCCCACGGCCUUCCCCGCCGCCAUCAUGGUGGCCAUGCGCUGCCUGUCGCUGCUCAAGUUCCUCCUGGACCUGGGCUGCGACGCCGAGCCCUGUUUCCGCUGCCGCUACGGCCCCGGCGCGCACCCGCCCCCGCGCGCCGGCAGGUUCGACGACGCGCCCCCCGACGGCAAGGCGCCCGGCGCGGUGCAGUUCUGUGAGAUCCUGUCGGCCCCGGAGCUGAGCCGCGGGGCGGGGCCCAUCAUCGCAGUGCUUCUGGACUACGUGGGUAACGUGCAGCUCUGCUCCAGGCUGAAGGAGCACAUCGGCAGCUUUGAGGACUGGGCCGUCAUCAAGGAGAAGGCAGAACCUCCGAGGCCGCUGGCCCACCUCUGCCGGCUGCGGGUGCGGAAGGCCGUCGGGAAGAGCCGCAUCGAGCUCCUGGACUCGCUGCCGCUGCCUGGCCGGCUCCUCAGGUACCUCAAGUACGAGAGCACCCAGUGACGGGUGAUGGCUCCGCAGAGGACGAGCCCCCUGCCUGAGUCACAACAGGCUGGGCCGGGGUGCUGCUGACAGCCUGGACUGGCCAGCCGGGCCCUGGGCAGGACGAGCCCCUCUGCCUGCCUGAGUCACGGACUGGGCCGGGGUGCUGCUGACAGCCUGGACUGGCCAGCCGGGCCCUGGGCAGGAGCUCUGCCCAGAGCAGACAUGACAUGAGUUUAGGAGAGAACCUUCCAGACCUCCCUGCGUGGGUAAGGGUGGGAGGGAGGGCCAGGGCAGAGUGUGGGGUGACCUGGGGGUGGCUGGAGGGCCCUGGGUUCAACCCCACUGGGGAGCCAUCUUCAUGCCCCUCCCUUUGCUCUGUGACUCUGGGCAGUGCCCCAGGGCUUCCUUCAGCACAAUAAACACUGCACUGUCAACAGCCA